UGAAGCCAACGUGACCGUUUGUCGUCGUCCAACACAGCAAAGGCAGCCAAAUAUCGAAAUAAAAGGAGUGCAGUUGUUGUAACGUGUGCUAAGCAAAUAGAAAAAAAAGAAAUAAUUUUUUCCAGAGAAAAAACUCUAUUCAAUCUCAGUGCACAAACGAGAUUUGUGGAAAGAAAAAUUUGAAGAUUCUUAAACAAAAAAUUACGCAAAACUUGGUAAAGACAACGGGUAUUGUUGCUUUAACGUGCGUUUGUGUGCGUUGGGUUUUGUAAGAAAAUCAAAACGAACGAAAAGUCAAUUUGCUGAAGACAGUAGAAAACUGAAAAUAGAAAAUAUCUCAUCAUACUUUUUUUUCUUUGCGCUCGAAUUGACUGUUUUCUCUUCCCUUGUCGUAGAGGAAAAGAAGUAAAAACUCAAAAUCGCAUAGAUAAUAGAAAAAAGUAAAAAGAAAUUAUAAAACAAUAAAUAAUUUUGAAAACCAAAACUUCUCUCGAAAUCAAACGAAAUCCGUUGUUUCUCCCUCCAAGUGUCGUGUGAAAAAAUAAUGAUUAAAAGUUCUUCUUCACUUAAAAAUUUGUGGUUGUUCAAAAGCUCCCAUUUAAAUACACGUCAACUCGUUGAUGGAUUUGUGAGUAAGCGUGGUAAAGCGACGGCUGUACAUUUGGCCGAGAAUUUGGAAGAAGGUGCAACGAAUGGCAACGGUAUUAACGGCAAUAAUAAUAGCAAAGCUGCCAAAGAUAAUAAAGGGACAGCAUUAAAGGACAACACCAACAGCAAUUUAAAUGCUAAUGAUAAUAACAACAACGCCGUCACCAAUUUAACGGAGGCCAAACAACAGACAUUCUACAAUAAUUCAGUUUGGUUGGAAGAUCGCUCAAAGUAUGGACAUACCGGCAAGGAGUUGCAAGAUAAGAUAGCCGCUGAGAAACGCUUACGCGCCGCUCCAUUGCUGAAUCUAGUGUUUGCCAAUCGGAAAUUAUCCUUCUACGAUACCAGUCACGCACCUGGUCGAGAUGACGGCAUACG